AUGGAAUCUUUUCUGAUCAGGAAGAAGCGAAAGCUGAGUCCCGCUGAGCACAAGCCGAUUGAGCACGACGACGAACCGACGGAGGUCAAACUCGCGAUUCUCUCGUCACUCCAUCCGAAUAUUGAACAGGAUGUGCUUCUCGACGUUCUACUGGCCCACAAUGGCUCCGUUCCCGACUCUCUCGAGGCGCUCAAGACGCCAAACCCGGUCAAGAAGCCCAGUGGUGUCAUGGGUGCACAGAGCUCACUGAGAAGUUUUGCCACGAAGUCAACUGACAACGAGGGAGGUUCUGGCUCACCAGGCAAGAAGAGACUCAUGUCAAAAAAGGGCACUACGCUCCAUCUGUACGACCCUGAGGACAUUGCACAACACACGCCCUGUUCAGUCAUUCAGAACUUUUUGCCAGCCGACGAAGCAAGCGAUCUUUUGCAGGAGCUCUUGGACGAGGCAAAGUCGUUCGAGAAGAACGUUACGUUCAAGCUCUUCGACAACGUGGUCGCGAGCCCGCAUACGUCGUGUUUCUACGUCGAAACCUACGAUGAGAUCCAGAGACAGAAAACCGAGUAUCUCUACAACGGCGCCAAGCUGAACGACAUACGUCGAAUCACACCGCAACUCAUCAAAGUUAAACCAAAAGUCGCGGAGGCUGUGAACUCGGAAAUCCAAAAGAGGAUAGCCACCCGCUACCCCGGCGGGAAGAAGCUGCGGUUUCAAUCUCCCAGCCCGUGGGCUCCAAACUCGGCUUUUGUGAACUGCUACGACGGUCCGCAGGAGAACGUCGGAUAUCACAGCGACCAGUUGACAUACCUCGGCCCACGCGCGGUGAUCGGCUCGAUAUCUCUCGGCGUGGCACGUGAGUUCCGCGUGCGUCGUAUAGUUCCAAAGGACGGAGACAACAACUCGGUGGACGGUGCGGACGCCGAGGGCCAGAUAUCGAUCCACCUGCCACAUAAUUCGCUGCUGGUAAUGCAUGCUGAGAUGCAGGAAGAGUGGAAGCACAGCAUCGCGCCGGCGCAGUCCAUUGAUCCGCACCCGCUGGCCGGCAACAAGCGCAUUAACAUCACGUACCGCGACUACAAGCCGAAGAUGCAUCCCCGCCACACGCCAAAAUGCGAUUGCAAGAUCCCUUGUGUGCUGCGGGUCGUCCAAAGAAAGAAGGAGAAUCACGGAAAGUACUUCUGGAUGUGCCACGGGGGCAACGUGCCUGGCAAGAACAGUUGCUCGUUCUUUCAAUGGGCACGAUUUGACGACGACGGGAAUCCUAUAUGGAGCCAUGCGAAUCGAAAAACGCCAACUUGA